CGGCACCAGUCGAGUCCUUUUUUUUUAAAUUAACCAACAGUCUUAUUUCGUUUGGCAAUUACGAUAAUAGCAUAAUUGAUAAAAUCAUUAUUUGAUUUGAUCUAAUCCUAUUUCCGUCCGUCAGAUUUCCGUUCUUGCAAACUGUUUGACCCCAAGCGCCACUAAGCGGCAGCUUCGUGAUUUACUUGCUUAUCACCAAUUGAUUUGUCAACAUACUUCAGUCAAGUUUGCUUCCAUUGAGUAGCAGGAUCAAUAAAAUGUCUCUACUUAACAAAUUUUUCGGAAUAAAAAAAGAAGUACCUGUAGUUGCACCUCACACCCCAGUCAGUGUUACCAAUGAUACACCAGAAUCUGGUUUUGUUAUGGUGCCUAAUGCAGUAGAGUCCUAUCAACUUCAUUCUGGUCCUUUGCCAUAUGCAAUAAAUUCAAAUGCCUCCAGCAAUCAACAGGACAUUUCAUCUAACAAGCUAUAUGAUGAAAUCCCUUUCCAGUUCUCCCCAGCUUACAAUACAAUGUGGUUAAAUGGUUCCACUGUCAAGCAUAAACCUAAAAUGCUAAAAGAAAUUGACUGGGACUCUCUGUGUUAUGAUUUUACACUAGAGAAAUCUAUUUUACAGUCAUGAAAUAUACUUGAAUAAACUAAAGUGUGAAAUGAUAACUCAACACAGUUGUAAGAUUAAAUCAACACUUGUAAUGUCUACUGAUAGUCCAUCAUCAUCAUUUUAAAAUGUUAUCUAUUGCCUUGUCGUUUCAGAGCUGUUUCCUGUGAGCUGCAUAACAGACAGAAAUUAAUUUGCGUGUAAAUUUGUAAAAUAACUUGAUUGACUAGAAUUACACUGCUUGGGUAUCCGCA